AUGGCAGCAGAAAAAUUCAUUGUGAAGAUUGAGGAAGCAAAAGAAGGUGAAAAUGGCAGAGCAUCAAGAGGUCCAGUUUAUCGAAAUGUACUAGCAAAAGAUGGAUUUAAGCCUCUUCCUCCGGGCCUCCACUCUUGUUGGGAUAUUUUCUUCGAGUCUGUGAAAGAGUAUCCCAACAAUCGGAUGCUGGGGGAGCGUGAGAUGGUAAAAGGCAAGGCUGGUGAAUACUCGUGGUUGACUUACAAACAAGUGUAUGACUUGGUAUUGGAGGUGGGAAAUUCCAUUCGCACUUGUGGUGUCGUGCAAGGUGAUAAAUGCGGAAUUUAUGGUGCCAAUUGCUCAAAAUGGGUCGUAAGUAUGCAGGCAUGCAAUGCUCAUGGCCUUUACUGUGUGCCUCUGUAUGAUACGUUAGGUGCUGGUGCAGUUGAGUACAUAAUUUGUCAUGCAGAGAUUUCAAUUGCUUUUGUUGAAGAAACUAAAAUCUCUGAGGUGUUGAAAACAUUUCCAACUACAGGAAAAUAUCUAAAAACUGUUGUGAGCUUUGGGAAGGUUAGCAAUGAACAAAAGGAGGUUUCUGGAACUUUUGGCUUGAAAAUAUUUUCUUGGGACGAGUUUUUGCUUUUGGGAUGGGGCCAGCAAUAUGACCUUCCAAUAAAGAAAAGGACAGAUACCUGUACAAUUAUGUACACAAGCGGAACCACUGGUGACCCAAAAGGAGUGAUGAUAUCCAACGAGGCCGUGCUUUCUAUUAUAUCAGGCGUAAAUCACCACCUAGAGAGCAUAAAUGAAGAGUUCAGCGAACGCGAUGUGUAUUUGUCAUAUCUUCCCUUAGCACAUAUAUUUGAUCGGGUGAUUGAGGAGUUGUUGAUCUUCAGAGGAGCUGCCAUAGGAUUCUGGCAUAAGGACGUCAAACAAUUGGUGGAUGACAUCCGAGAGCUUAGACCGACAGUAUUUUGUUCUGUUCCUCGUGUUUUAGACAGAAUAUAUUCAGGUUUGGUAGAGAAGCUUUCUUCAGCAGGUCUUCUCAAGUAUACCCUGUUCAACAUUGCCUACUCAUACAAACUGCGGAACAUGGGUAAAGGAUAUAAACAUGUAGAUGCAGCACCCAGAUUUGACAAAAUUAUUUUCAACAAGGUGAAAGAAGGUCUAGGUGGAAACCUGCGUCUCAUAUUGUCUGGAGCAGCUCCUCUUUCAUCCAGUGUGGAAACCUUUCUUCGAGUAGUCACAUGUGCUCAUGUUCUGCAAGGAUAUGGUUUGACAGAGACCUGUGCUGGAUCGUUUGUUGCACAACCAGAUGUAUUGGCAAUGAUUGGUACAGUAGGCCCUCCACUGCCAAUUGUCGAUGUGUGCCUUGAAUCAGUUCCUGAAAUGGGUUACGACGCCCUAGCAAGCACUCCACCACGUGGGGAAAUUUGUAUAAGGGGCAAAUGCUUGUUCUCAGGCUACUACAAGCGUGAAGACCUCACUGAAGAAGUAAUGAUUGAUGGAUGGUUCCACACUGGGGAUAUUGGUGAAUGGCAGCUGGAUGGGAGCAUGAAAAUCAUUGACCGCAAGAAAAAUAUUUUUAAGCUUUCUCAGGGAGAAUAUGUUGCAGUGGAAAAUCUGGAAAACAAUUAUUCCCUUGCCUCCUGUAUUGAUGCGAUAUGGAUCUAUGGAAACAGUUACGAGUCCUUUCUUGUUGCUGUGGUCAACCCAAAUAUCGAAUCAGUGGAACGCUGGGCUGAGGAGAAUGGGCAAACUGGGCAUUUUAGUGCUUUAUGUGAGAGCCCGUCAGCCAAAGCAUAUAUUCUGGAGGAGCUAAGCAAGAUUGGCAAAGAAAAGAAGUUAAAAGGCUUUGAGUUUGUCAAAGCUGUACACCUGGAUCCCACACCAUUCGAUAUGGAGCGCGAUCUUCUUACGCCCACGUAUAAGAAAAAGAGGUCCCAGUUUCUCAGAUAUUAUCAGGAUGUGAUUGAUGGUCUGUACAAAAGUGCAAGAUAAGCUCAAGAAAAUCAAGCUCUGUCACUUUGCUCCAAGAAUCUGCUGCCACUUUUCACCACCUCAGCUUCAGCUGAAUUUAUCUGUAAUUGUAAGACACUAUGUGAGAUCGUAUAUCCUUGCUAGACAGCGUACGUGUAUGCCCAUGUUGAGAAAAGUUAUUCAUACUUACUAAAAUAGUCGAAUACUGGAUUCAGCACUCACUGUUUUCUCAUUCACUUCCCUUCAACUUUC